AUGAAGCCAGGUUUGAAUCUGCCCAAGAAGCUUCGAGUUAUAUACAAUGACCCUGAUGCUACAGAUUUGUCAAGCGAUGAAGAAGAAAUAGAUUAUUGGAAGAAGAGGAAGAACCAGAUUGUGGGUACUAAGCGUGUGGUCAAGGAGAUUUCUUGUUCAUCUGCGUCACAUAAAUCGUGCUCUUCAAAUUCUUCACAUUACAUUAAUGAUGGUUCGGGCUCUAGGAGACCUCGAAGAUCUUCGAGUAUGCUUGAGGGCGUUCGAAGAAGGUUUGCGUGGGAUGAAUGGAAGGAUGAGCCGUCCAUUAUGGAAUUGUGGGAAGUACCUCCCUCAGCUUCUGAAUCAUGGGAGGAGCUCUUCCGGCCGUAUGGCCAUGAGGACUAUCUACCUUGUGGUAGUGAUGCUGUCAGUUGCCUGCUGUUGCCAAAGAAUAGCAAGGAUAAGUUGUUUGAUCAGCCUGACAUUAAAACUAAAAUGGAGGACAUGGCUUGGGCAGAUGAAAUUCUCAACCUGGGAUUUUGCUGA